AUGAUUACUCCUACGGCUCCAUUACCAUCAACCGCAGAUCCAAAUUAUAUUGAAUUAAUUCCUAAUGAAACAACAACAGAUGAAGAACGUAUGCAAAAGUUUGCAGAGAUUGCUGCAAGAUAUGAAAUAAGUCAUGAAUUUGCAUCUCGUCUACAACAACUUGAAGGUUAUGAUAUUGUCUUUCUCUGUGAUGAUUCAUGUUCGAUGGGAACUGCAAUCGGAGAUACUGAUAAUACUUUUGCUGAACGCUCUACACGUUGGGAUGAAUUGAAACAAAUCGUUUCUAUCACUGUUGACAUCGGUUCGGUACUUGAUCCUGAUGGAUUAGAUAUUUAUUUUCUUAAUCGCCCUCCAAUGUUACGUGUUAAACAUUCAUCUGAGCUGAUCCCUGCUUUCGAUAGUCCACCCAAAGGUCUAACACCAAUAACACGUGUACUCAGACAAAUACUUCAAGCCAAACAAAACGGAAUUCUUGAACGUAAACUUCUGAUUAUUAUCGCUACCGGUGGACAACCGACCGAUGAUUAUGGCAAAACUGAUAUUGGAACAUUAGAACGUGUUCUUAAAUAUGAAAGAAAAGAGGCUGAUCGAAUUUUGAUAACUUUCUGUGCAUGUACCGACGACGAUCAAGCUGUUGGAUAUUUAAAUCGAUGGGAUGAAACGAUACCCUAUUUAGAUGUAUGCGAUGAUUAUCGAUCCGAACGAAAAGAAGCCUGGCGGGUUCAAGGACGACAAUUUCCUUUUUCAUUUGGAGAUUAUGUAGUAAAAAUACUGUUAAGUUCAAUUGAUCGAUACUUUGAUAGUCUUGAUCAAAAGCUAAUUGGUUCACAAAAAGCAACUGCAUGUUGCUCUUUGAUGUAA